AUGACUGAACAGAAUAACUAUGGGCAGUAUUCCUUUAAUAUAGGUGAUACUGAGUUCCCCAAAGGUAUUCAAGCUGACAAUUACGUCAAAACAACGCGUUAUUCCCUUUUUUCAUUCAUUCCAUUAACUUUAUACGAAAAUUUUAACAGAUUUGCAAACAUUUAUUUCUUGAUUAUGGCAAUUUUAGGCUUCAUGCCGUGGUCUCCAAUUAGUCCCGUUGUCCAAAUCGCUCCUUUAAUUUUUGUCACUGUGGUAUCAAUGGUAAAAGCGCUUAUUGAAGAUUUAAUGCGUUUCUUAAACGAUCAAAAAUACAAUAAUUUUCCAUUUGAAGUAUGGAGGGAUGGCAGAUUCGUUAAAUUACAAUCUUGGAAGAUAAAACCAGGCGAUAUAAUCAAAAUAGAGAGCUGCGUUGAGAUGCCUGCAGACAUUGCAAUACUCGCAACCUCCGAAAAGGGAGGUGAAUGCUAUGCAAAUGAAGUGAAUUUAAACGGAGAAACAGCAAUCAAGCAAAGGAAAGCUCUCUUCUCUUCAGCACAACUUUCUCCAGAAGAAGCAGGUAGAAUACACGGUACGAUUACAAUAUCUCUUCCAAAUAAAGAUAUUCAACGAGUCAAUGGCACAUUUACGGUAAACAACAAUCAAUUUCCGUUUUCGAUACAUAACUGCAUUCUUAGAGGUGUGUUCCUUAAGAAUACAUCAUGGACUGUUGGUUUAUGCCUUUAUACAGGCCAUGAUACAAGAAUUAUUCAAAAUCAGCGUCAUCCACCUCAUAAGACAUCACAACUCGAAAAGAGACUGAACAAAAUCAUUAUUUUUGACUUUAUUUUGAAUUUCUCCAUUGUUUUGUUUUUGACCAUCAUGGAUUUCAUUUACGAGAAGAAAAUGAACUUCUAUUGGGUUAAGAAACAAACAAACUUAGCAUAUUUCUUCUUCCAAGAGUUCACAGCUUACGCAAUUUUGCUUUCUUACAUGAUUCCGAUUUCUUUAUACGUAACUAUCGAAUUUAUACGAUUAUUCCAGAGUUGGACCUUCUCCAAAGAUUUUGGAAUGUAUGAACCAGGCCUUGGCUUCUGUUCCCCGAAGAAUUCAAACUUAAAUGAAGAAUUAGGAGUCAUUGACCAUGUUUUCUCCGAUAAAACAGGUACAUUAACAGAAAACAAGAUGUCGUUCGUACAAAUGUCAGUUCGAGGAGAUAUCUAUGACACAUUAAACCAAAUCGACUUAAUAAAGUCAAAAAUUUCAACCGAUGAAAAUUUGUCACUUUUCUUACAAUGUCUUGGUCUUUGUCAUUCAGUUAUUGUCUCAAGUGAAGGCUAUUCUAGUGAAUCACCAGACGAAGAAGCUUUAGUUACUCAUACCGCAAAACUUGGCGUCAAAUUAAUUUCAAGAGUUUCUGAUGAAAGUAUAACUGUUGAAAUUGAUGGAACAGAGACGAUUUACGACCAUUUAGCGUCAGUUGCAUUUACAUCUGCUAGGAAGAGGAUGUCUGUUGUUGUUCGCACACUUUCAAAUGACAUUUACUUGUUCAUGAAAGGAGCGGACGCGAUGAUGAUGAAUUUACUGAAAAAUGACGAAGACAAAUCAACAAUUGAUUUAGUAAAUUCACAAAUAACUUCGUUUGCCGAACAAGGCCUUAGAACAUUAGUUCUUGGAUACAGGAAACUCGAUAAACAAGAGUAUACAAAUUGGAAAGAAAGACUACAAAACGCUGCAAUCGAGUUAGAAAACAGAGAAGAAAAUAUUGCAAGAGUUGGAUCAGAAAUUGAACAUUCAUUAACUCUUUUAGGAGCAGUAGCAAUUGAAGAUGAAUUGCAGCCUUACGUUGCAGAAACUGUCGCUUAUCUUGCAAGGAUGGAUGUGAGAUUCUGGGUAUUAACAGGAGACAAAAAAGAAACAGCUGUUUCAAUUGCGAAAUCAACAAAUGUCAUCACUCCAAGUUGCUCUGUUUUUGAAAUUUUGGAAGGAACGGAAGAAGAAACGAAUACAGCACUCGAAGGAAUAAUGAACGCAAGACAAUCUGUCGCAGUUAUUUCUCCAGACGGUCUUGAGAAUUUGAUUGAAAACAAUCCAAAGAAAUUGGUAGAAAUUGGUGAUUUAUGUCGUUCUGUCGUUUGUUUCAGAAUGUCACCUUUUUUGAAAUCUCGUGUUGUUGCAGUUGUUCGUGAAAACACUGACAGAGUUUGUUUAUCGAUAGGUGAUGGAGCUAAUGAUGUUAAUAUGAUACAAACAGCACAUGUCGGCAUCGGAAUUUUUGGCAGAGAAGGUCAUCAAGCAGCGAGUAAUUCUGAUUUUGCAAUCACAAGAUUUAAACAUCUAAAAAGAUUGAUGGUUUGCCAUGGCAGAUUGAGUUUGUUGAGAUUAUCAGGUGUUAUUUUGUAUAUGAUUACAAAGAACAUUGUUUUGAUUUUCCCUCAGAUUUGGUACUCAAUCAUGACUCGUUGGACGCCGACAACAAUUUAUGAUGAUUUCUUGUUGAGUACAUUUAACUUAGUAUGGACAAUUUUCCCACCUGUUGAAUAUGGAUGGUUCGAACAAGAUCUGUCAUUCAAGAGUAUGAUGUCUUAUCCUUAUUUGUACAAAGAAGCAAGAGCAGGAAGAUAUUUAAGUAUAUGGAGAUUUAGUUUAGAAUUUGUUUCGGCUACUUAUCAAUCUGUUGUUUUGUUUUUGUUUAAUGUUUAUUUCCCAAGCAGAAGUGUAAUAGAUGGAAAUGGAGAUUCUACAGGAUAUUCAACAGCAGGAUUCACAUUAUUCGUGUCUGUUGUUAUGUGCAUGAAUAUACAAGUUAUCAUGAGAACUCAUGGUUGGACAUUGAUUUUGUUUUUGGCUGUUUAUUUGUCAAUAUUCGUUUUCUAUUUGUUCACUUUGCCUUAUGGAUCAUUGAGUUCUUUCGCUCCUUCGAUGUUCUUUGUGCCGCAGACUGUAUUUCGAAUGCCAAUCGCAUGGUUGGAAAUUAUUAUUUCAAUCAUUGCUGGAUUAAUUCCUGAAGCAUUGUUUAGAAUUCUCAAAUCGUUGUGGUAUCCAUCGUAUUCUAGAAUUGUAAGAGAAAGUGAGCAAUUAGCUUAUGAUGGACUUCCACUUCUCGCAAAGGCUUAA